AUGUCACCCAGUAUGUUAAAUAAGGACAACGAUCCGUACAUUCCGCAGCCGACGGCAGGUAUCCCUUUCACAAACGACCUGGAUCCCCCACCGGGAGUCAAAUCAUCAGCUUCUGUAUUUGCAGAGAUUAAGCGCAUACUCUACGCAAAACCAAAAUUAUUUUCAAAAAUCGUACCUAUCCCCAAAGCGAAAACACCGAUCAUCAAGUUCACUUUUGUACCGACAAGCAUUUCGUGCGAUUUGUCCAUCAAGAAUAGUCUAGCCGUGCACAACAGUAAACUGAUUAAGCACCUACUAUCGAUGGACGAACGAUUACCAGCUGCUAUGAUGAUCCUGAAAUAUUGGCCGGCGGUAAAUUUCAUGCCUACUGUUUUCGAUUUAAAAAAAUCGAUCCCGGCUAAAAUUGUGGAAGGAUGGCAGGUCAAUUUCAACAGCAGUGUACGGCUGAAGAAUACUUCAGACACGAACAUUGCGCAACUACUCGGCGGAUUUUUCGAUUUCUAUGCCAACUACAACUUUAAGCUGAACGUCGUUUGUCCCGUGGACGGUAUUUCGCAUAAAAAAAUAAUCCUCAACUCUGUGGAAACGUUGCCGGAUAGUAUGCGCUUGUACAAAGAGUACUUGAAGAUACGAGAAAGUGCCUUUACUUUCCCUCUGACGAAGCCCAUGUGCGUACAAGAUCCAAACGAAUUGAACCACAACGUCACAGAAAGCAUCAGUGAAAAGUACCUCGAGAUCUUUCAAAAUUACUGUAAAUUGGCUGCAGCUGCGUGCCAGGCCGAAGCUACCAACAAUUACAAAAAGUUUCUACUAUCCCUUUUUAAUUUGAACGUCACCGUGCCGAAAACACCUAAAGAGUCGCAAGUGAUUUCAUUUGUUUAUUAUUGCAACAAUACCAUGGAAGUUGGUCUUCCGGAUGAUUUCAAUACUCGCACAGAUAUCAAAGACAAAGAUGUAUUUGUAAAAGAACAUUGGUGUGAUUUAGUCAUAAGUUUAGUACAAAAAUUCCUCGAAAGGGUUCUCAAACUUCAAGUCCAGUAUAUUGAUAAGCAAGAGCUUAAGCAGCCGAAAGUCGAAUCAGAGUCCGAUGUGCACACAAAUGAUCAGAGUAAAGUGAUUUUGCGCUGUACUGGAGAUUCUUGUCUGUGGAGGGAUCGAAAGGGUGGUACAGUAAGCAUCGAUCCAUCUCUGUCUCUACUCGAAAAGGAAACAUUGAUAACUCAAAAAAUUUAUGAUCAGUUGAAAUCCAAAAACAGAUUGCAUAAUGAAAAAAUUGACGUGGAUUGUAACAUUCUAAAGAAAAACGUAAAGAAACCAUACCUUUUAUUUAAAUUAUCGAAUCGUGAUUCUAGCAAGGUAGCUUUCAGUGAGGCCACAUCAUAUAUUAAAAGUAAAUUACCUGUAAUAUUAGAUAAAACUUCAUGUAAAAAAUACUCAAAAGUUAUUUUCAAACAUUUUCAAAACGUUCUCGCGCUCAAGUAUCGAGUAUCAAGCGUCGUUACAAUUUUUGCUUUAUCAAAGUGA